GGCUGCGGAGUCACUUUGUUCGGCCGGCUUCGUCCGAGCGCGGGUCUUUCGCAUCGGGCUGAGCGCGGCUCCCGGGCCUCCCGCAGCAGCGCGCCAUGAUCGCCGUGCACUGGCUGGCGUACCUGUUCACCGAGCUCCACCACAACCAGGCGCAGCGGAUUGACAGGUACCUUUAUCACAUGCGGCUUUCGGAUGAGAUGCUCCAUGACAUUUCAGAUCGGUUCCGGAAGGACAUGGAGAAGGGCCUGAGGGCAGACACCAACCCUACAGCUUCUGUGAAGAUGCUGCCAACCUUUGUGAGGUCCAUUCCUGAUGGAACAGAGGAAGGUGACUUCUUAGCGUUGGAUCUAGGUGGCACAAAUUUCCGGGUGCUAAGAGUCAGAGUUGCAAAUAACGGCAGCAAGAAAGUUGAGAUGGAGAAUCAGAUCUAUGAUAUCCCAGAAGAACUGAUGAGAGGCAGUGGAACACAGCUCUUUGACUACAUUGCUGAAUGUUUGGCCAACUUCAUGGAGCAGCUGCAGAUAAAGGACAGGAAGCUGCCACUGGGCUUCACCUUCUCCUUUCCCUGCCACCAGACCAAACUGGACGAGAGCAUUCUGGAUACAUGGACCAAAGGAUUCAAGUGCAGCGGCGUGGAAGGGAAGGAUGUGGUUUCGCUGUUACGGAAUGCUAUAAAGAACCGAGGGGACUUUGACAUUGAUGCUGUGGCUGUGGUGAAUGACACCGUUGGGACAAUGAUGACCUGUGGCUAUGACCACAACUGUGAAGUUGGGCUUAUUGUUGGUACUGGGUCAAACGCUUGCUACAUGGAAGAGAUGCGCCAUAUAGAUACUGUGGAGGGCGACGAGGGCCGCAUGUGCAUCAACAUGGAGUGGGGAGCCUUUGGAGAUGACGGAUCCCUCAAAGAUACCAGAACAGAGUUUGACCAAGAGGUUGACAGGGGGUCACUGAAUCCUGGCAAGCAGCUGUUUGAGAAGAUGAUCAGUGGCUUGUAUAUGGGCGAGCUGGUCAGGCUCAUCCUGGUGAAGAUGGCCAGGGAGAAGUUUCUCUUCAAUGGGAGGGUCACUACUGACUUGAUGAGGAAAGGGUACUUUGAGACCAAAUAUGUGUCAGCCAUCGAAAAGGAGAAGGAAGGCCUCUCCAAAGCCCGUGAGAUCUUGGCACGGCUGGGCCUGGAGCCCUCUGACGAGGACUGUGUGGCCACCCAGCGAGUCUGCGAGAUUGUCUCCACCCGCUCGGCAAGCCUCUGUGGGGCUACUCUGGCCGCUGUGCUUCGGCGCAUGAAGGAGAACAGGGGGGUCGACCGGCUGCGCACCACCAUUGGGGUAGAUGGCACCGUCUACAAAAAUCACCCUCAUUUUGCCCGCCGCCUUCACAAGGUGGUGCGUCGCCUCCUGCCGGACUGCGAAAUCCGAUUCGUUCGGUCAGAAGAUGGGAGCGGCAAGGGAGCCGCCAUGGUGACUGCGGUGGUGAAGCGGCUGGCCGCCCAGAGUAAGGUCCGCCAGGAGAUCCUCAGCCCUCUGCAGCUCAGCCCCCAGCAGCUGCUGGAGGUGAAGAGGAGGAUGCGGCAAGAGAUGAAGUUGGGCCUGGCCCAAAAGACGCAUGCCAAGGCCACCGUGAAGAUGUUGCCCACCUAUGUGUGUGCCACUCCUGAUGGGACAGAAAAAGGAGACUUCCUGGCCUUGGACCUCGGGGGCACCAACUUCCGCGUGCUUCUGGUGCGCAUACGGAAUGGGAUGCGGCGCAGCGUGGAGAUGCACAACAAGAUCUACUCCAUUACAGAGGAUAUCAUGCAAGGGACAGGGGAGGAGCUCUUUGAUCACAUUGUCCACUGCAUUUCGGACUUCUUGGAAUACAUGGGGAUGAAGGGGGCUUCGCUUCCUCUGGGAUUUACCUUCUCCUUCCCUUGUCAGCAAAAGAGCCUUGAUGAGGGCAUUCUCCUGCAGUGGACCAAGGGGUUUAGUGCUUCUGGUUGUGAAGGAGAAGAUGUUGUGGGCCUGCUGAAGGAGGCCAUCCACAGAAGAGAGGAGUUUGAACUGGAUGUGGUAGCCUUGGUGAAUGAUACGGUGGGCACCAUGAUGACUUGUGGGUAUGAAGACCCUCUUUGUGAAGUGGGGCUCAUUGUUGGAACUGGCACCAAUGCCUGCUACAUGGAGGAGCUGAGAAAUGUGGAGGUGGUGGCUGGGGACAAGGGCAGGAUGUGCGUCAAUAUGGAGUGGGGCGCCUUUGGCGACAAUGGCUGCUUGGAUGAUUUCUGGACGGAGUUUGAUGCUGCUGUGGACGAGAACUCCCUCAACCCGGGGAAGCAACGAUUUGAGAAGAUGAUCAGCGGGAUGUACCUGGGCGAAAUUGUCCGCAAUAUCCUGAUUGAUUUCACCAAGCGAGGACUGCUCUUCCGUGGGAGAAUCUCUGAACCGCUGAAGACGAAGGGGAUCUUUAAGACUAAGUUCCUGUCUCAGAUUGAGAGUGAUCGCCUGGCACUGCUGCAGGUCCGCUCCAUCCUCCAGCACCUUGGCCUGGAGAGCACGUGCGAUGACAGCAUCAUUGUGAAGGAGGUGUGCACUGUGAUUGCGCGACGCGCUGCUCAGCUGUGUGGGGCAGGAGUGGCAGCAGUGGUGGACAAGAUCCGGGAGAACCGGGGAUUGGGCUUCCUUGAGGUCACUGUCGGCGUGGAUGGGACCCUCUACAAACUCCAUCCUCACUUCUCUACGGUGAUGCACGAAACAGUGAAACAGCUUUCGCCCAAGUGCGCGGUGACCUUCCUCCAGUCUGAGGAUGGCAGCGGCAAGGGGGCAGCACUUAUCACUGCAGUUGCGUGCCGGAUACGGGAGGCCGGCCAGCACUGAGAGUGGGGUCCCCGAACUCCGUACGCAUGGCUGCCCAUU